GGCCUCCGUUUGCGCCGGGUCUGUGCUGGCCGCGCGCCUGGCGCUCCACGCUGAGCCUCUCCGUGCAAUGAUUAACCCGGCGGGGCGGCCGGCGCGGGACCCGAGACUGAGGCGCGGGGCCGGGGCGGGACCCCGCAGAACCGCUCGGCUUCCUGCUCUCGCCCGAGUUUCCGCGUAGAGGGCGCAGCGCCGGCCCGGGGCCCUUGGCGCGGCGUGGCGCAGGGCGCGGCGUGGGGCGCGCGUGGGCGCGGCGCAGGCUGCCCGGGUCACCAUGAGGACUCUCCGCAGGUUGAAGUUCAUGAGUUCGCCCAGCCUCAGUGACCUGGGCAAGAGAGAGCCGGCCGCCGCCGCGGACGAGCGGGGCACGCAGCAGCGCCGGGCCUGCGCCAACGCCACCUGGAACAGCAUCCACAACGGGGUGAUCGCCGUCUUCCAGCGCAAGGGGCUGCCCGACCAGGAGCUCUUCAGCCUCAACGAGGGCGUCCGGCAGCUGCUGAAGACAGAGCUGGGAUCCUUCUUCACGGAGUACCUGCAGAACCAGCUGCUGACAAAAGGCAUGGUGAUCCUUCGGGACAAGAUUCGCUUCUACGAGGGACAGAAGCUGCUGGACUCACUGGCAGAGACCUGGGACUUCUUCUUCAGUGACGUGCUGCCCAUGCUGCAGGCCAUCUUCUACCCGGUGCAGGGCAAGGAGCCAUCGGUGCGUCAGCUGGCCCUGCUGCACUUCCGGAACGCCAUCACCCUCAGUGUGAAGCUAGAGGAUGCGCUGGCCCGGGCCCACGCCCGCGUGCCCCCUGCCAUCGUGCAGAUGCUGCUGGUGCUGCAGGGGGUACAUGAGUCCAGGGGCGUGACUGAGGACUACCUGCGCCUGGAGACGCUGGUCCAGAAGGUGGUGUCGCCAUACCUGGGCACCUACGGCCUCCACUCCAGCGAGGGGCCCUUCACCCAUUCCUGCAUCCUGGAAAAGCGUCUCCUCCGCCGCUCCCGCUCGGGGGACGUGCUGGCCAAGAAUCCGGUGGUGCGCUCCAAGAGCUACAACACGCCUCUGCUGAACCCCGUGCAGGAGCACGAGGCGGAGGGCGCGGCGGCCGGCGGCACCAGCAUCCGCAGGCACUCUGUGUCGGAGAUGACUUCCUGCCCCGAGCCUCAGGCCUUCUCUGACCCGCCUGGCCAGGGCCCCACCGGGGCCUUCAGGUCCUCCCCGGCGCCCCACUCAGGGCCCUGCCCCAGCAGACUGUACCCCACCACCCAGCCCCCCGAGCAGGGCUUGGAUCUCACCCGCAGCUCCCUGCCCCGCUCCAGCCCGGAGAACCUGGUGGACCAGAUCCUGGAGUCUGUGGACUCGGAUUCUGAAGGGAUUUUCAUUGACUUUGGCCGGGGCCGGGGCUCUGGCAUGUCCGACCUGGAGGGCUCUGGGGGCCGGCAGAGUGUCGUGUGAGGCCUCACAGCUGGCCUUGAGUUUUUACUGACACGUCCCCAUGUGCGGGGGUGUCCAUGUGGCGUGUGUGUGAGUGAGACUUUUUUACUGUGUCCCGUCCCGCUAGCCCUGUCGGCCUCGGCACUGGCCUCGGUCACUUCGUAUUUCUGUUUGGGUUGGAAAUACCAUCAGCCUUCCUUGCUCCGCCCAGGUCUGUUUCAGGCAUCUGAGUCGGCGUUACCUAGGGGCCGGGUCAGAGACGGGGGCGGCCGCUCACUCCCACGCUCCUCCUGCCCCAGCCCUCUGGUGUCCACACCUGCCCACAGAGAAUGUCAACCCGGUGGGCUCUGCCCACACCGGGCCCCAGAGUGACCAGACUCCAGCACACCUGUCUCCUGCCUGGGGUGGCCAUAAAGGGGGUGGAAUAAAACCUGUCAACCUGG